UCUGAGCUGUUCGCCACUUUAACAGCAGUGGGAGAAGUGGAGCGUGAGACGGGCCGUUAAUGACUCCAUUUUUCGUUAUUUUUAAUCAACCAUGGCCAUCAAGGCACUCGACUGAUUACUGACAGCCUCUGUUUUUGUUUUGUUUUAACAUUAGAAACUUAGGCGCGUGGAAAACUCGAGUUUGAAGAGCCUGCGCGUGUGUGAAAGAGUUGGGCGUGAGGCGUCGUCGGGGUGGCUCCCUCAUUUAAACCACUUGUGAUUUCACAUGAGAUUUCUUUCUUCCUCGCAUUUUUUUUUAACUUCUUCGACUUCUUAUAUCGUUUGAAAGCGUUCGAAACUCCAGAAAGAUGGGGUGCACCCUGAGCUCGGACGACAAGAGCGCCCAGGAGAGGAGUAAAAUGAUUGACAAAAACCUGCGGGAUGAUGGAGAGAAAGCGUCGCGAGAGGUCAAGCUGCUGCUGCUGGGGGCUGGUGAAUCUGGAAAGAGUACAAUUGUCAAACAGAUGAAAAUCAUCCAUGAAGCGGGCUACUCAGAGGAAGAGUGCAAACAGUACAGAGCCGUGGUCUACAGCAACACUAUCCAGUCCAUCAUCGCCAUCAUAAGGGCCAUGGGCCGCCUGAAGAUUGACUUUGCGGAUCCUGGGCGGGCUGAUGAUGCAAGGCAGCUGUUUGUGCUGGCCGGCUCUGCAGAUGAGGGAUAUAUGACGAGCGAGCUGUCAGGAAUCAUCCAGCGGCUAUGGAAGGAUGGUGGUGUUCAGGCUUGUUUCAGUCGCUCCAGAGAGUACCAGCUCAAUGACUCUGCCUCAUA